GGCAUGCUUGGCGGGUCUAAUGGCGGCGUUUUGUGCUCGGUGAUGAGCUCGGUACGGACUCGGUAGCUUAUACCCAGGUGUUUGAGUUAGAGCCGAGCCGAGCGGGUCCUUGGCCGGGUCGGCGGUCAUGCGGCAGUUCCUCAGCCUGGUUUUGUUGUGCCUUUGCCGGUCGGGCUGUGGGGAGCAACGGGACGAUGUUCACAUCUUUGAUACCUGGAACUCCUUACAGAAUUAUGCAUUGUCAUUAUGGCAUGUUAGACAUUAUAUCUGUUCGACCAUUGUUGUUGCCAUAGGAGUUUGGGUAACUGUUGAGUAUUUGAGUAAAAACUACAACAAGCAGAAAAAUGAGGACUGCUUUGCGCCAAACAUAGUUGACGGAGUUAUUCAAAACGGACAGUUAGUCCAAAAAGUAAAGGAAAUUCAUGUUGCUGGGGUGAAGAUUUUCUUUGGUUCUCAGAUGGGUACUGCUGAGAGGUUUGCCAAAACUCUUGCAGAGUCUGUACAAAAACUAGGAUUUCCUGUGGAAGUUAUUGAUCUGAAGGAAUAUGAUCCAGAUGAAAACCUGGUGGAAGAGGUCUACAGUAAAACUAUCUGUGUAUUCAUGGUUUCCACAUACACUGAUGGACAACCAAAUGAAAGUGCUGCCUGGUUUUGUAAGUGGUUGGAAGAUGCAACGCAUGACUUCAGAUAUGGCAAGACUUAUCUCAAAGGCUUGAGAUAUGCAGUAUUUGGCUUGGGCAACUCUGUUUAUGAAAAUCACUACAACACGGUUGGCAAGAAUAUUGACAUGUGGCUGUGGAUGUUGAGUGCCAGUCGUAUUAUGACUCGUGGAGAAGGUGACUGCAAUGUAGUGAAGAGCAAACAUGGCAGUAUUGAAGCUGACUUUGAUAAAUGGCAAGCCGUAUUCUUGAGCAGAGUACAAGCACUCUGCAAAGAGGAAAAAAACAAAUGUAGUGGCAGCUGCAAAAAGGAGCAAUGUAAGACCAAAGACCAGAAACAUAAAGAAGAUGCCAAUCAGAAUGAAGAAGUGCCAGAAAAGAUAAAAGAUUACAAUAGUGAAGAGGAAGAACUGUUUGAGACAACGAGUGAAGAAGGAUCAGGAGUGGAAGAUGAAACUGAAUCAACUUCUGUCCUUGAUGUAGAGGAUCUGGGCAAUCAUAUGAACAAUAUGAAAGCAGCAAAGCAGGAGAGGGCAGCAGCCAAAGAAGUAAAACUCAAAACAUCAAAGCGCGCCAUUGGAAAAAACGAAGUAGCAGAACCAAGAGAAAUGAUUACUCCAGCACUUAAGACUGCACUUACAAAACAAGGAUACCGUCUGAUAGGAAGUCACUCGGGUGUGAAGCUGUGCAGAUGGACCAAGUCCAUGCUCCGAGGCAGAGGCGGCUGUUACAAACACACAUUCUAUGGCAUUGAAAGCCAUCGCUGUAUGGAGGCAACUCCUAGUCUAGCCUGUGCCAAUAAAUGUGUCUUUUGCUGGCGACAUCAUACGAAUCCAGUUGGAACUGAAUGGCGCUGGAAAAUGGAUGAAGCAGAUAUGAUUUUAAAAGAAGCAAUUGAGAACCAUCAGAACCUGAUAAAACAGUUCAAAGGUGUACCUGGAGUAAAGAGUGAACGUUUUGCAGAGGGCAUGAAGGUGAAACAUUGUGCAUUGUCAUUGGUAGGGGAACCAAUCAUGUACCCCAAAAUCAAUGAAUUAGUGAAACUGUUACACCAUAAUAAAAUCUCCACUUUUCUGGUAACAAAUGCACAGUUCCCAGAGGAAAUCAGAAAACUUGAACCAGUUACUCAGCUUUAUGUCAGCGUGGAUGCAAGUACAAAGGAUAGUCUGAAGAAAAUUGAUCGCCCUCUUUUUAAGGACUUCUGGCCAAGGUUUCUUGAAUCCCUGAAGGCCUUGGCGGACAAGAAACAGCGCACUGUAUAUAGACUAACUCUGGUAAAGGCCUGGAAUGUGGAUGAACUUCGAUCUUAUGCUGACCUGAUUGAGAUUGGGAAACCUGACUUCAUUGAAGUUAAAGGAGUGACAUAUUGUGGCGAAAGCUCAGCAAGUAAUCUGACAAUGGCUAAUGUUCCAUGGCACGACGAGGUUGUAUAUUUUGUCCAACAGCUGGCUGAUCUUCUCAUAGACUAUGAAAUUGCUUGUGAACAUGAGCAUUCAAACUGCCUUCUUAUAGCACACAAAAAGUUUAGAGUGAAUGGAGAAUGGUGGACUUGGAUAGACUAUGACCACUUUCAGCACCUUGUCAAAGAAAACAAGGAGAACAAUAGCAGCAAGAUGUUCUGUGCAGAAGAUUACAUGGCGAAGACACCAUCCUGGGCAGUCUUUGGAGCUAAGCAGAGGGGUUUUGAUCCAGUUGAUACUCGCUUCUUAAGGAAACGAAAGAAGGACAUAUCUGGUUGUUAAGACUGUUUGACUGGACAUUAUGCACAGUUCAUAUUGUUCUUUAUUAUAAAUGUAUAUUGGUGUUUUAGCUGAUGUAAGUUGAGAAAUUUACCAAAGAUACGCACAGAAUAGGAACCUACAUGCAUCACAGGAAGAUGAUGUGGUGUAUCCCUGCCCUACAAACUAUCAAUUAACUAAAGUACAUGACAGCAUAAUCUGUGUAACUAUCUAAACCCUGUGAAUGUUACUGUCAUUAUUUCCAUUUUAUUGUUUUAUUCAGAUUUCCCAUUUGUUGACGGAUCCUCACGAACUUAUCUUCGUCUGAGUUAGUUGCCUGUGCCUUGAAUUUUGUCCUCGUGACCUCUGACACAGCUCUGUAACCUCACUUGAAUGAUAAUAGGGAUCAGGAUAGGAGCAACAGUUAUUUGGCUUUCCUGUACAUUCAUAUGGUGCAAGCUUCACACUUCACACAUUUGAUGGUAACACGUUUAUGUGUCAGGCAAUGUUGAAUCCUGAGUCAUUGGAAUAUUCGUCCACUUCUCAUGCAAGAUGUUUAAUUUCCUGCCUUCCCUAUAUCAGCUUGCCAGAUGACCAAGUCUGGCCCACAAUAUUUUCCAUGGCUAGCGUGCCUGCACCUAAAUAGCCAUCAAGCUGGUGUGGACUUCGUGCCCCAGACCAGAACAAACUGACAAUUUGAAAUGUAUCCCAUGCUUAAAUCUGGUUUUUGAUUAUGUCCCUUAUAACUUUCACCUUUACUGUUGGGACUUGCUUCUUCACAGUUGGCAACAGUUGAUAAGGAUUUAAGUUGUUACUAUUGUCUGAAAUGGCCUAUUUCUUUAUUUUCUAGUUAAAUUUUAAACUUUAUAAUGAUUGUAAUAACUUCUAUACAGAAUGUGAUAAUAAAUUGUUAUAAUUUCUAUUUUU